AUGGCUUCUUCUAUGGAAAGGGUUAAAAAAGUUGUCAACGAAAAACAUGAACGUAUUUUACUUGAAUUGACAAAACAAUCAGGAAACGAUGUAUGCGCUGAUUGUGGCUCUAAAGGACCACGUUGGGCAUCUCAUAAUAUUGGAAUAUUUUUAUGUAUACGUUGUGGUGGUUUGCAUCGUAAAAUGGGAACUCACAUAUCAAAAAAUAUGCGACAAUGGGGAAAUUUAAAAGCAAAUUUUAAAUGGAAUCCUCAUCCUGAAAUUCACCCUGCUCCGGUUAAUGCUUCUGAUAGUGAAAUGGAAAAAUUUAUUCGUAACAAAUAUGAAAGAAAGAUUUUUAUGGAUAAUCCAAAUAAGAAAAUGACAAAAACCCACAAAGAAAUAGCAGAUUACUUUAGUGAAAUAAAACAAUUAACAAUUGACAGGUCAACAAUAACAAAGAUUUUAUCUGAUAAAGAAAAAUGGAUAAAUAUUUCAUCUUCAACUCAUUAUAACAUUUUUCAUCAUAAGUCAGUUAAAUUCCCUGAUCUAGAAAAGGCCAUGAGUUUUUGGAUUAGUCAAGUUAGUGCUCAAGGUCUUGUUAUUAUAGAUAAAGUGAUUGACAGUGUAUUAACAACUAAUGCAACUGGUACAAGAAAACUUAAACCAAUUGUAAUUGGAAAGUCUGUCAACCCAAGAUGUUUCAAAAAUGUAAAUAUGUCUUUGUUACCUGUUAUUUACAAGUCUACUCCAAAAGCAUGGAUGUGCAGAUCAAUCUUAGAUGAACAACCUGAAGCUACCACUGAUGGAAUAAUUGAAUCUUUAAAUCAAUCAGAUCUUAGUGAUGAUUUGGAAAUUUUGGAAUAUGUCAAUGAUAAUGAAUUGAGUUUGACAGAAAAGCCUUUAGAUGAUGAUGAAAUAGUCCAAAUGGUUUUGGAUGAAGCAAACAAUGUAAAUAAUGAAUCAGAAGGUGAAGAUAUUGAUGAACUGAAAGUCAUUGCAACCAAUGAAGAUGCUUUGAAAGCAGUAGAUACAUUGAUUGAAUAUUUUGAACAUCAAAAUGAUUUAGAGUUUAAUGAGAAUGAUUAUAAAAAUUUAAAAAAAUAUAAAAAAAAGACGGUGCUUUUGGAUUCAAACACUGGCUCUACUUUACCAAACAAAAGGCCAACACUAUCUGCUGCUGGUGGUAAAGUGAAUGUUCGAUUGUCUUCUCAUAAAGUCAAAGAAUUUCUUCUUUCCAAAAAUUUAUCUGAAUAUAAGAAAGAUCUUAAAGUUGAAUGUCAUAACGAUCGGCAAGGUCUUUCAAGAAUUGUUUGUUCUCUUAACAAAGUAAAUCUUUGGAGCGAUGUUGUUCCCAAUGCAGUAACAUUGAUUGCUGGUAAUGAUAAAUAUGUCGUUAUUGGAUGUGAGAAUGGUAGUAUUAUAAUAUAUGACCAUAGUGGCUUAAGAUUGUUAUUAAAUAUUGUACUUGACUCGGCUGCAUCACAUCUAUUAAUAUCAAGGGAAUAUUUAUUAUGUUUAUCUCAAACGGGAAUAAUUAAUGUUUGGAAACUACCAAAAUUAGAAUCAAUAGUAUCGUCUGUUUCCAUAGUACCUAUUAUUCAACCAUCCAGCACAUCGUUAGCUGAUCUUCAUUAUGCAUCAAUUGAAAAGAUAUUUAUCAGGCCUCGUGGGGUACCAAUAUUAAUGACAGACACAAACGAAGCAUGGUGUUAUCAUCUUAGUGCAAAAACAUGGGUGCAGAUUUAUGAUCCACGCUACUCAUCAAAAGAAAAAAUGAAAACUACCACAGAAGAGUAUGGUGGUGACGAUACAAGAGGAAUAUUAAAUACAAUAGAAAAGAUUGCAAGGGAUAGAGGUGAUAAUUAUGGUACAUUGUCAUAUUUGGCCCAAGGCGAAAGUAAACUUGGACAUUUGUAUAAUCAAUUGUUGUCAGCUGAAUUGGUUAGCUCACCUAAUGAAUACAAAGAAAUUUUGUUGAGUUAUGCUAAAGCAUUAGCUGAUGUUGGCAAUGGUGAGAAGAUAAAUAUACUCUGUUCAAGACUUUUAGAUACAUUUGAUGUUUGGGAUCGUUUUAUAGCAGGAAUGUCUAAACAUGAAUUAUUAAAAGACGUAUUGGCUAUCUUAUCUACUAAUCGAUCUUUACAACAACUCAUUCAAGAAUAUACUUUGGCUUUAGAUAGAAUUACAAAUGAAAAUUAA